AUCGUUUUCACCUGUGUUCCAGGUGAAAGGUCAGAAAGGGGAGGGGCCGAAGAUGGUCCCAAAACGACUGAUUCAACUGAAGAAGAAGAAAGAGACAGAGACCAUCACUGACCAGGAGACGACUGAGAAACUACAGGUGAUACUGAAGGAUGGACCUGCUGUAAGGGGAGGAGCUAACAGUGAGGUCUCAGCCAAUGAGCUGCUCUGCCCCACCGUCCGUCACUGCCCCGACCUGUUGCUACGGCAAAACAGUAUGCCCGCCACCUUCCACACACACUCGACGACUAGCAGUGAUGUCGACAGCUACAGGGUCUACAGGGGCCUGGUCACAGGGGCCAGUCAAGGGCCGAACGUUGGAGACAUGGUAGGAAACGCGGCACCGCGGCAGCGCCUGCAGAGGUCCUUCUCUCUGGACGAUACUAAAACAAAGAUGGCGUCCUGCAUCAUUACGAGCGUUCUGUCAAAGAAGAUGCAGGUGGAGCAGAACACCUGUAAAACCUCGUACCUGCAGAGGAAGGCUGCGUUGUUACCCGCCCCCCCCCAGAGGGCGCGGGAGGCGGCGGGCGUGUUCAGAGCGCCGGUUCAUAUGGUCAGAGACGUGAGGAGUUUAGUUAAAAACACCCACAGUCUCUCGUUCUCCUCGGCAACAUCUGACAACAAGCCAGCCAGCUUCAAGGUGAUCGGUCAGGACGCCAGUCCCCCGCCGACCUACCAGCAGGCCGUAGGUCACGACGAGACAAAGCGCCGCUGUCCGGCUUCCUCCAGAGGACACGUCGCCAAGGUCGCGGCGUCUCUCAGCCAAUCACAGGACAGGCAACAGAGCGUCAGCCGUCCAAUGACACAGCAGAGACGAGGCAGCGAGCCAAGCAGAGGUCAGGUGGAUGAUGUCACCUGGCCUGUAGACCCGCCACCUGUCAGCAGCGACCUGUCAGAGGUUAGCCAAUCAGAGGGAGGCAGAGGUGUGAGUCACCAGGACGGGACCUCCCUCCAGCCUCCAGUCUCGGCCCAGGAACAGAGUCCCAUCCUGGCUGUGUCCUCCCAGUCAGCCCCCCAGCAGAUCCUCCAUCCAUGUUUCUACACCCCCACCGCCCUGCCAGCCUUCCCCCCCAUCCUGCACCCUCACCUGGGGCAGGUCGGCUACCCGCACACCCCCCUGAGCUACAUCCAGACCCGACCUGUUCCCGUCCUCCACUGGUCCACUGGAAACACCUCUGACCAACUGGACCACGUCAACAGGACCGGCCCGCCUCCGUGGACCCGGACCGCAGGAGACCAGGAGGGCAGCGGCAACACGGUGACGCCAGCAGCACGGCAACAACACGAGCAACUUCAGCAGCAACUUCAGCAGCAACUUCAGCAGCAACUUCAGCAGCAACGGACGCUUCAGCCUCAGUUUCUCUGCACCGUUCAGGGUUUCUUACCUGCACAGGUGGGCAGUGACUUCCUCGCUGACAUCACGGGUGCUGCCGUCCUCAGUGGCCCCGCCCCCUGUCACAUGAUAUUAGAUUCUAAAAGUGGGCGGUACUUCUACGUGGCCACGCCUCCGCCGCCUCAGAGGAAGCUGCUGCUGGAUCCAGAAACCGGUCAGUUCAUCAAGGUGUUCCUACCUGCUGCCAGAUCCGCCCCCAACGCCGGCGUGCUCUUGGCGCGCUGUGCCAUAAACCCCGCCCCCAUCACCAUAAACCCCGCCCCCGCCGUGCUGUCAGUGAUGCCGUUCCAGCCGACGGUUGGCGUGCCCUCCCUGUAUGCCGCCCCCUGCCUCCCCUUCGCCCGGCACACACCGGCAGCCAACAUGUAGCUACCGCAACGCCAUCUGUGUUCAGCUGGAACUUCAGCGAUGAAAUGACGUAAAAACACAAAAUGAUUGUUGUUGUUUUUUUAUUUAGAUUGUCUCUAUAUAUAAUAUAAUAUAAUAUAUAUAUAUAUAUAAGUGAAUGUUAUCAGCCUCACUCGUAGUGAAGAGUAUAAAACACGUAACUUUAUAUUAAAA